ACUGUGAGGGACCUUUAAGUUAUUAUAAAUACCAAACUCGAUAAUCUGCAAUCCUGGCGUCUCGUGUUCUUUCUUCUUUAUCGAUAGCGAAAUUCGCAUCAUACCAAACGACGAGCUCAUCACCGUCCGUCAGGCUUUUUCAAAUAACUAGAGCUUUUUCGAAAUCUAGUAUUACAAAUAUGGCCCCAAUAGAUAAACCCACGCACGAAAAGUACGACUACAUCUGCAUUGGCGGAGGAAGUGGAGGCGUGGCUUCGUCGCGACGAGCAGCGUCUUAUGGUAAGAAAGUCGCGCUUAUCGAGGUAUCUCCUCACCUCGGAGGCACAUGUGUCAACGUCGGAUGUGUUCCAAAGAAGAUCAUGUGGCAUGCCGCCGAUCUCGCCGACAAAAUGCGCCAUGCUAGUGCAGGUUACCAUUUCCAGGGCGUCCCAGAGCCCAGCUUCUCCUGGUCCACAUUCAAACCCCAGCGCGACGCCUAUAUUCGCCGCCUGAACAAGAUAUACGAGAACAAUCUUGAAAAAGAGAAAGUUGAAUACCACGCUGGAUUUGCACGACUCGUUUCGACUAACACGGUUGAAGUAACACGGCCAGAUGGCGAGAAAUAUACACUCAGUGCUGACAACAUAUGUAUUGCCACUGGUGGUCGCCCUACUAUACCCACUGAGGAACAAAUCCCCGGUGCUGCACUUGGGAUUGAUUCCGAUGGAUUCUUCGACCUUGAGGAUCAGCCUAAACGCGUCGCAGUUGUCGGUGCAGGAUACAUCGCGGUAGAGCUUGCGGGUGUCUUACACACGCUUGGUUCGGAGACACAUUUGAUCAUUCGCCGCGAUAAAGUUCUGCGCACUUUCGACCCGAUUUUACAGGAUACUUUGACGCCAUGGAUGGAACACACAGGCGUUAAACUGCACAAGAACAGCAAGGUUAUCAAGGUUGAAGGCGAAAAAGGAAAGACGCUCACUGUACACAAGGACAAUGGCGAGAAAAUAGAAGUAGACUGCGUCCUUUGGGCAAUUGGGCGUCAUGCGAACACCGAGAACUUGGGACUUGAGGAACUCCAGAUUCAACUGGACAAAAAGGGUGAUGUUGUCGUGGAUGAGUUCCAGAACUCCAAUGUCAAGGGUAUCACGGCGAUCGGCGACGUGCAAGGAAAGGCAUUGCUGACGCCUGUGGCCAUCGCGGCUGGGAGAAGGCUAUCAAAUAGGCUGUUUGGACCCGAGAAAUUUAAGAAUGAUAAACUAUCCUACGAAGAUAUUCCAACUGUGGUAUUCUCACACCCUACCAUCGGUACCGUUGGUCUCACUGAACCUGAGGCACGCGAGAAGUAUGGCGAUGCAGUUAAAGUUUACAAAUCAUCGUUCCGCGGUCUCUAUUUCUCUAUGGUUGACGAAGACCACAAAGAACCUACGGUGUAUAAAUUAAUUGUAGUUGGCGAAGAAGAGAAGGUUGUAGGUGUACAUAUCAUCGGACAAGGAAGCGACGAGGUUUUACAAGGCUUCGCUGUCGCUGUGAAGAUGGGCGCUCGCAAAGCCGACUUGGAUGAUACCGUAGCCAUUCAUCCUACUUCCGCUGAAGACUUGUCACACUUCGUUGAAUAACGCUAUUGCGUCGGAUAGAAGGUAGAUCGCAAUACAUCAGCCUGUCUGUUCCUGUUGUAUCGUACAAUGCUUAUAGUUAAAACAUUCGCCU